AUGGUGAAAGCUUGGCAGGCCCUGGCAAAGCUGUCAAGUUUGGGAAUAUAUUUUAUUGCCUGUACAGCAUGUAAUAGGAAAAUAGGCACACUGGAUCACAUCUUUGGCGUCGGAUAUCAUCAAGACCAAUUGUCUCAUGCUACGCCAGGCCGUCCCAACGCCGAUCUCCAUGCUCUUUUCGAAGCUGCAAGGCACAUCAACUACUAUGUUAUCACCUUGCAGGUUACAAAGUUAAGGAAGACGGAUGUGAAACAGCUGAGCGUUGGAGGCGGUACAUCCACCUGCUGUCCAUCUUAUUCGCAUGAAAUCCUAUCACCUCUCUUGGCUAUCCGUCGACUCCGUCCUCUGCAUCAGAAAACCAUCGCUAACGUCAACUGCUAUUCUUCAACAUCAACAGCUGAUGACUCGAAACUUGAUGCAUUCUAUGAGAAUUUGGAGGAAAUCAUCCGCAAAGGGAAGAACUUCUACGAUUUUAUCGUGGGGAUUUCAAUGCGAAAAUCGAUGUCAGAAGAAAGGGAGGUGAUCGGAAGGAUCCCCGACCCGUGGAGAACCUCCCAAACAAUCCUUCUUCAUAAGAAGGGCGAUAUAGAGGAUCCUCGGAACUACCGAUCAAUAUGCCUGACAAUGGAUGAAGCCCAAUCUGUAGAACAAGCUGGAUUUUGCAAGGGAAUCAGCCGCAGACUCACAUCCAAACCGUUUCGAGGAAGGAUUAUAGGUUUGCCGAGAGUAUCGCCUACCUCUCGUCCUUACCUCGUCGACUAUGAGAAAGCGUUUGACAGCGUCGAGACUAAUGCCAUACUGCCAACGCUCGUCGACCAAAGGAUUUACCCAUGUUACGUGGAGACAAUGGCCGACUUCUACAAGAACUUCUCUACAACGGCACAGCUUUUCUAUGGCCCCCUUAACAUUCCAAUUUGA